AUGAGUGCCGAGCUGUUCUCGCUGACUUAUGGUGCACUUGUUACCGAGAUGCUGCGAGGCUAUGAGGACCCGAAGCAAGUGAACAUGCGAUUAGACAAGAUUGGUUUCAAUAUGGGAACACGAUUAGCCGAUGAUUCUGGCAAGGAAUGCGCACGUGGCAAAGUGCACGGACUGUCGGCAAAUAGCAGACGCGUACCCGCAACAGUAUCAAACUGGGGCGGUGGUGACCGUGAAUUUUCUCUUAUUAUUGAAAAUAAUCCGCUGACGGAGCUUGUUGAAGUUCCUGCCUCAUUGUCCUCAUUGAACUACUCCCAAAUUAUUGCUGGAGCUAUCCGAGGAGGACUUGAAGCCUUACAUUUUAAGGUGUACUCAAGUGUCAUUGAAAAUCCCACAAAUACUGAGAUCAAGAUCAAGUUUGACCAGAUUUUGAGAGAUAACCUGCCUGCCGGUGAAGAAGAUUGA